CGGCGGCCACAUUUUUCCCUUCUUUCCCUUCCAUACGCUCCAUCUUUGUCCUCUCCUUUCCUUCAACCUUCUCCUCUCUCUCUCUCUCUCUCUCCAUCCACUCUGCAGGUCUUGGUUACCGGAAGAGCAGCAGCCAUGUCUUUCCGAGGGGUUGCUGUUGCAGUCUCAAUUUCUGGUUUGAUGCAACACUUGCCACUGCAAAUUCCUUUGAUCAUGCCUUGGACUGCUAAUGCUCAAUCUGGGAUGGGUGUGGCGGACCACUGCAAGAGCGCGUAUCUGGAGCUGCAGAGGAAGAAGGUGCACCGCUACAUAAUCUUCAAAAUCGACGAGAAGAAGAAAGAGGUCGUGGUGGAGAAGACCGGGGGUCCGGCUGAGAGCUACGAGGACUUUACCUCCUCUUUGCCCGAGAAUGACUGCCGAUAUGCUGUCUACGACUUUGAUUUUGUUACCUCCGAGAACUGUAAGAAGAGCAAGAUCUUCUUCAUCGCGUGGUCCCCGGCCGUGUCUCGAAUUCGAGCCAAAAUGCUGUAUGCAACAUCAAAGGACCGUUUCAGGAGGGAGCUUGAGGGGAUCCACUAUGAGAUCCAGGCAACUGACCCUACUGAGAUGGACCUCGAAGUGCUCCAAGACCGUGCGCACUAGAAAUGCACUUUGUGAAAGACUAAACAUAUGCUGAUCAAGUGUAGUAUCUCUCUCUAUCCCUCUAGUUGAAGAAAAAAGAUAUGCUCUACAUAUCUCCGUAAAUAAUUGACCCACCUGCGAAGGCUGACUACGGUUCUUCCUGCUGAGAAUGCCCUGGGUUUCAGGGAAUAUCAGCCCUUCCCGUGAUGAUGCUUCUCAGGUGGAAUUUGAUAUGGCUUAUUGUUGCUGAGUGAUGAGAACUCGCAUUGUAUGUUAUAAAUGUUAUGAAAUGGUGUUCCAUCUAUAGUGACUUUUAGUUUUUGAUAGA